AUGCCACUAUCAAAUUCAGCGCAACAUCUCCACAAUCGCAAGAGAACACAACUCUCGGCGAUCAUCAGUAGGAUGCGGAGACGAGAUGAGGCAUACAAGGCAUGUCUGCUUUAUAGAUUGAGCAUUAAUGCUGUUUCUGAAUUGGUGUUCAUAUCGGCUCUCAAUUUUACAGGAUUGGCUUGGAGAAACGAUCGUUUCUUCUGUUUAUUGACUUCACAAAUUCGCUUCCCUCAAGACUAUAUCUCACAACACAUGACCCGGAACAAAGUCACCGACAUAUCUCAUAACUAUUUAAUGUCCAGGACUCUGUUAUUCGAGAACUCUCCUCUUGAGAACGUGUUCAAUAACAUGAAAUAG